UUCACAGCAACAGAUGAGAACGGUUGUUCGGCAGGAGCCGACCGACGAACGAGGGGGGUUCUCAUCCGAGACACCACGGGAGAAGCUCCGGGCUUUUUCAAUCCAGCAUCUCCGGCUUGCGUUGAGGAGUGUCGCCGCUCUGCCGCCAUGGUGGAGGCUCCAGCUGGCUGUCUGUUUGAGGACAUCCAGCAUGAAGACAUCCAAGUUGAAGCGGCUGUCGGCAGAGGGACAUUUGGAGUUGUGUUCAAGGCCGUGUGGAAAGGAAAGGACGUAGCAAUCAAGACCAUCGAGAGUGAAAACGAGAGGAACGCCUUCCUUGUUGAGCUUCGUCAGCUCUCUCGGGUGAAUCACCCCAACAUUGUUAAGCUUUACGGCUCCUGUGACAAUCCAGUCUGUCUGGUCAUGGAGUACGCAGAGUGUGGCUCUUUAUAUAACCUCUUGCACAGUGCAGACCCACAGCCCCACUACACAGCAUCCCAUGCCAUGAGCUGGUGUCUACAGUGCGCCCAGGGAGUGGCCUACCUGCACGCCAUGAAGCCAAAGGCCUUAAUUCACCGGGACCUCAAACCACCAAACCUGCUCCUCGUGGCUCGUGGUACAGUGCUGAAGAUAUGUGACUUCGGUACAGCUUGUGAUAUUCAGACCUACAUGACCAACAAUAAAGGCAGUGCAGCGUGGAUGGCACCAGAGGUGUUUGAAGGCAGUAACUACAGUGAGAAGUGCGACGUGUUCAGCUGGGGCAUUAUCCUGUGGGAGGUCAUCACACGCAAGAAACCCUUUGACGAGAUCGGUGGCUCUGCGUUUUGUAUAAUGUGGGCCGUCCACAGAGGUACACGGCCUCCUCUGAUCAAAGACCUCCCAGAGCCCAUAGAGACUUUGAUGACCCGCUGCUGGGACAAGGAGCCCAGCCAGAGACCGUCCAUGGAGGAGGUCAAGAACACCAUGAGCAGUCUCAUGAAGUACUUCCCAGGUUCUGAUGAACCCCUCAAGCUCCCUCACCAGGCUUCAGGCAACAGAAGUGGCUCCUCAUCAGCCACGAGCACAGGUUCGUAUACCGACUACACCAUCAACAGCAACAGAAGUGACGACAACUCCGAGCUGAAAAACUCCGUUGGCAGAGAGGAAACCCUGAAAAGCUUUGAGGGCAAAUUUCCACUACAGUUCAAACCCUUAAAGACAGCCACAUUGCGCACAGGUCUGUCCAGGGUGUCCAGCAUAGACAGCCAACCAGGACGCCCCCAAAGCCCCACCCACUGCACCAGCCCUGUCACCACCACAGGCCAAUCAGAGCUGAGGAUGACAUUUAGUCCCACAGCUACCAAUGGUUUAGACAGCUCCGUUCCCAUGGCCUACGGGAAACUGGACCACAAGUUACAGCCUCUGGCUCCAUGUCCAAACUCCAAAGAGUCCAUGGCUGUGUUCGAGCAGCACAUCAGGAUGGCUCAGGAGUACCUCAAAGUCCAGUCAGAGAUCGCUCAACUCGUUCGGAGGAAACAGGAGCUGAUGUCUGAGCUGGAGCAGGACCAGAAGGAGCAGCAGGCUUCAUCUCGACUCAUCCAGGAGCACAGCAAGCUGCUGGAGGACAACAGCCACCUGUCGGCCUACCACCAGGGCCUGGAGAGCAAACUGCACCUGAUCAGGAGUCACAACCAGCAGCACAGCUAGGACAGUAGGCUGGACCACGCGCAAAACAGCCUGCGCCUCCUCUGUUGACUGUCUUCUCUCCUGGACUGCCCCUUUCUCUGAAGGAUGAGAGGAAACACUCCAGCUGAGCAUAAAGUAGGAAACCCCCUAUUAACUCACCACAGAGAAAUGUAUCAAGAUAACGUUAGAAUUAAAUGGCUAGUUUGGGAUUACGAGCUUUAAAGUCAGACUGAGAUUUAAGGCUGUAUGUAGAAUCAGCUGGACCAGAUAUUAAAUGGACUUUACGCAGACAGCUCCCCAGUGCUAAGUCUGUGUAAUGUCCUAUUGAGCUAAUGUGUGAAUAGACCAGGUCACUGUGUGGGCGUGCUUAUGAUGUUUCUAUUCUAGUAUUUCCAAGUAGGUGAGAACAGCAUUUGUAUAUAACCCACAGUCAGCAAGACAGCAAUUAGGAGGGUAAGACUGAGGCAGGAAAAUACUCCACUGUGAAAGUGGAAGUCCGUUAGCUUCGGAUCGCUAACGUUACCACCGAUUACAUCUUGCUAGCAUAAGCUGUCUCUCUUUCGUGGAUCUAGUGAUGACAAAUGACCAGACUGACACACACACACAGACACUCCUUUUCAACAGUGUGCUCCAGAUGUGCCAGUUUUAGGCUGUUGGAAAAGAACAAGCAAUAAAUUACUUUAUAGUGCCUGCACCAAUCAAACAAGUGUAUGAACAAUCAGAAGCAAAAAGUCGCUGUCACUACAGAAGAACCCUGUAUAUGAAUACAUUUCCUUGGGGGGAAAAAAAAAAACGAGUUUCAGUUUGAUUUUAAAAUAAAUAAUGAACACAUUUUGUUUCCUGAGGUGAUGAUGAUAAUUCAGCUGUGAGAGAGAUAAGGAGGCUAAAUAAUCAGCAGCUAGCACAUCCUCCUCUGUGGGCCUCUGGACACAAACCUGAACACAGGAAUGGACACGGUGGGACCAAAGAGGCUUUCACAUGGACUUGAAUUCUGAAAAUGGACUUUCAUUCAGAU